GGUGGUGUGGUCUGAGGGCCGCGUCACAUGAUGCCGCUUUUCUCCCGCUUCCUGCGCGUGUCGGCUCAGUCCGCGGGCCCAGCAGCAGGAUGAGUGUCUCGCGCUGGCCGCUGCUGGCGGUCGCUGCCGCCGCGGCGCUGGCGGCGCUGGCCGAGGACCCGUUUGGAGAAGACUGCAGAAGUAAAACAUAUCCUCCUACAGGACCAACAUUCAAAGGGACUGUUCCUAUAUACAUCAUAAAUCUUGAUUUACCACCCAGCAUAAGAUGGGAUACGUUGAUGAAUGACAAAAAAAUAGAGUUGAAGACUGUAAUUCAGAGUAUUAAAAAUAUAGCAAAUGCAUUCAUCCCUAGUGGCAAAGCAAUUGAAAUAGUGGAUACUAAAUUGGUUCGGCUGAUUUCCACCCUUCCCUACCCAUUCAAUGAAGAGCUCAAAGGGAUUGCAAAUGCUUCAGGCAUUCCUUUGGGAGAAAUUGUUCUGUUUAAUAUCUUCUAUGAAAUCUUUACAGUAUGCACUUCAAUAGUAGCAGAAGACAAAUCAGGAAAGCUGUACCAUGCUAGAAAUUUAGAUUUUGGACUAUUUCUGGGAUGGGACAUAAAAAAUAGUUCCUGGAUUAUAACUCAGGAACUGAAGCCCUUAGUGGUGACUCUGGACUUCCAGAGAAAUAACAAAACAGUAUUUAAGUCUACAAACUUUGCGGGAUAUGUGGGCAUGGUGUCUGGAAUCAAACCAGGAAUUUUCACUCUUACAAUGAAUGAGCGCUUCAGUCUUGAUGGUGGCUACAUUGGAAUCUUUGAGUGGAUUCUUGGGAGGAGAGAUGGUAUGUGGAUGGGCUUCCUCACCAGAACUGUGCUAGAGAAUGGUACAAGUUAUCAAGAAGCAAAGGACCAGCUGGUUAAAACAAGACUACUGGCUCCAGCAUACUUCAUACUGGGAGGAAACAAAUCUGGAGAGGGCUGUGUGAUCACUCGUAGCAGACAAGCUGCCUUGGAUGUCUGGGACCUUAAUGCAAACGGGGGCACAUGGUAUGUGUUGGAAACAAACUAUGAUCGUUGGAAGGCUCCCCUUGUCUUGGAUGACCGUAGAACACCUGCAAUGAAGUGCAUGAACCAGACAAAGCAAGAGAACAUCUCCCUACCAACCAUCUAUGAUGUUCUCUCCACAAAACCUAUCUUAAAUAAGCUGACGGUGUGUACAACACUGAUGGAGGUUUCAGAAGGCCGUUCCGAAAGUUACCUGCGGGAGUGCAUAGGUUCCUGUAGUCCAUGGUGAUCCUUCACCCAUCUGGGAUGAGCUCUGCCUCUUGGAAUUGGAUACCCUUCAAUAAAAAUAACUGUACUUCUGGAAAGGGGCUCUUCAGCCUAUAGAUUUUUCAUCAGAAGUUUGAUAGCUAUCUGUGAGCUUCUAAGAGUAGAUCCAAUAUAGGACAGGUCAUCCAUCCGCUUCCUUAAUUAUUGACCAUUCAGACAACUAGCAUUCUUGUUUCUACUUCCAAGUAUCUUUUCUGUAAGUGUAAAUCACCUACCUAUUGGUCCCUUUUAAUUUGUUACUACAAUUGUUCACUAUCAGAAAAUUCCUUUAGAUUAUGCUUUUAAACUACAAAAUUGCAUUAGCAUGGCACCCUCACAGCAUGAGAGAACUAGAAAUAGUGUAAAACAGGUAGUUGAGUUCUGCUACUCUUUUCACAAUAACAAAUUAAGAGUUUAUAUAGUUUGGAAGAAUAUUUAAUGCAGCUAUUCAAUUAAGGAUAAAAGAAAAGGAGUACUUGUGGCACCUUAGACUAACAAAUUUAUUAGAGCAUAAGCUUUCGUGAGCUACAGCUCACUUCAUUGGUGAGCUGUAGCUCACAAAAGCUUAUGCUCUAAUAAAUUUGUUAGUCUAAGGUGCCACAAGUACUCUUUCUUUUUGCAAAUACAGACUAACAUGGCUGCUACUCUGAAACCUAUCAUUAUUAAGGAUGUAUUUCUAAAAUGUCUGUGUAAAAUGACCUAUCCAUAAAGUAGCUCCUAUUACAAUAAACAAGCUGUUGGGAAAUGUCUUGUUAGAUCUGGGACAAAGUAGACUUGGUGUUUGGGAGACUUUUACCCACGUUAUUUCCUUGGCAUGACAUUUGCACUCUAACAAAAAUGUUUCAAAACAUUAAUACUCCUCAAUAUUCCUAAAUACUUAUCUAUUUUGACAUCCAGAGUGCCUAUGUAUGAGUCACUGGUGCACAAGACACCAUGUACACAUGUAAUAUAACUUAGUCUGUCACUUGCAGUGAAAAUAGGACAUUGCAAACUUGCAUCAAGUAGAGAAAUUAUCCUGUGAAGCACAAACCCCAAUUAUUAAAUUAGCAGAUAAAUCCAUAAUGUAAAGCUGUACAGUGUACUACAAUAAAGUAUUUGAAAGACCAGUAAUGUUUCUAUUUCUCAGUUGUUAAAAAGAUCCUUACAUAGGACAAAUGAACUAUAGAAACCAGAACUAGUAAAUUGGGACAAUACUCAAACUGUAAGGAAAAGUUUAAGAUGCUUACUAGAGCUGAGUGAAUGGGUUUGGUUUUUUCCCAGUUCCUGGGCAGAACUGAAAAAUCCCCAAAAAAACUGUUUCAAGUGAAACUUUUUUUGUUCUUGGUUCUCUGUUUUGGGUGGGUGUUUCUCUUUUUUGUUCAGAAUGGUUUUAGGUGUUUCACCCUUUAAGUAAAUAUCUACUUCUGAACAAACAAUUUUGAAAUGAAAAGCCAAAAUAUUUCACUUCAAAAUGGUCAACUUAAACAGUUUCAACUUAAAAAGCUGAAGUAGCAUACACACUAACUUGUGCUCUAGAUACUUGGGUCACAUUGGAGGCUUUCCCCCACCCACCUGAUACUGUCUUAAAAGUUUCAGAGAACCCCUGUCUCACAUAGAAAUGGAAGAUCUGAACAUUGAUUUUAAUUUUGGGGGGGACUAUUGAUAUUGCAACAGUUAAUAAAGAUGAAGGCCAUGUAUACCAAACUAAGCGAUUACUACUAUAACUCUGGUUUCUAUUCUCAAACUAUAAAACAAAUUGGGAUUUAACAGGAUAUAUUAAAAUGGUUUAGGGGACUACUCAGUAGGUUUUAAUUGCAUCUAAACAGAGGCAAUGUUCAAUAACAAAGUGCUGACUGUCAUUUCAGGGAUUUUUUUUUAACCAGUGUCCUAUUUAAACAAAUGUGAAGAGGAAUGUGUAUACAAAUGUGGGAAAGACUAGACCAUAUUCUAAUGGUGUGAGAAGACCAAUGUUUUGUAUUCAAUGGCCAAAAAUAUUCCUAAAAAGUGAGGUGUGUUUUAGUCUUCACUGUAGUGCUUAAUUUAAAUCAGACAACAGAACUAAGGGGGAUUAAAUAUUGAGAAUAAGGUGAUCCUGCAGAUGCUAAAUUCACACCCCACUAUGACUGACUGGACUCAGACAGCUACAUGCAACUUAUCCUAACUCCAUUCCUUUGCAAAGUGCUGUAAAGAUGAAAAAUUGGUACCUCAACACUAGAUGUUCAAUAGGUCAAGAGCUUAGUAUGUGGAAGCCAUAAACCUACAUUACAACAGUUACAAGUCUCUUGAUGCAUGUGAUUAUCAUGGGCAUAUCACCUCCUAUACAUAUGGUUGCAAACUCUUCCCAUUAGAACUAUUUUUCCACAAACUCAAAUUUCUGAAACAUCCACCUUUUGGAAUUUGAACUACUGUUGUGUGCUUUAAGUAACAUUCCUUUAGAAAUGAGAGACUUAAGUGCCUCCAGCAAUUUUAAUGCUUUCAGAAAAACUCUUUAAAAAACUUGUCAAAUGGGAAAAAAUCCAUCCCAAUCAGUUUGCUAAAAACUAUA